AUGCCAGAGGCGAAUGGUAUUCGAGCGAGUCUAAUUUGCGAAGGAUCCCCUUUAACUGAGUAUCCCUAUUCAUCGUCAGCGCCCUGCACGGCCUGGUGCGAAUCGUCACCGGGCCAGACGUUUGUGGUCGAGCUCAACGGACCAAUCGCGACGUCAGAUUAUUCGAUCAUGCUGUAUUGUGAUGGUGUCUUCAUGAAGAGCUAUGCAAUCCCUUGUCAUACUAGUCUUUCAUCAACUUUUCAAGGUCUCUAUCUGCCCGAAGAUGGCACCAAGCUAUUGCCCUUCACAUUUGCAAACAUUGAGCUUUGUGAAGAAGUGGACAGUCACCCGGACCAAAUUGUCAAAAACCUUGGCACUGUGUCUGUGGAGCUUUUCUAUUGUAACUUUGGUAAUAUUAGACCAAAUACUAACACCAGUCUUCCAACCGUUGCUUCGACAAUCAAAUUUUCGGAACGGGAUAUGAGGACAAGUAUGAUCCCACAUAUCAUCAGGUCAGCCACCCCUCCUACAGAUUUUGACCAUCAAGUAACCCUCUUCCGUCAUUUGGAACUGGCUGACUCGAAUCUUGAUCGCAGCUUAGGAGAAUCAACUACUGCCCCAAGACUGCGAUCAACAGUCACUUGGGAGGUUCAUCAGGUCGAUCCCAUACCCUGUCUGCGAUUUGUUUGGCAGUACAGACCUCGUGACUUUUUAAUCACCGCAGGCGUCAUUCCGCGGGAUGUCAGUGAUCAUCCAACUCCUCCAGUUACACAUAAAAAUAACGAAGCAAGAUCAGUCCAGGUAUCAGAACCCCGCGUAAAGGAGCGGUGCGGUAUCAAUGCAGGUGGUGACAUGGUACCUGGACCUUCAUCAAACACAAAUCAAUCCGAAGUCAAGCCUGAAGUCAAGCUACAGAAAAGUGGUAGCAAGCCAGUUGUGAUUGAUAUACGCAAUGACCAAGAAACAUCUGUAUUCUUUUCAAACCCUAACCUUCUUGCUGAGAACGAGGAUGAUGAUCCCAGAAAUUCAUCAUCCGAAAAUUUUACUCAAGCUAGUAGCAGUUCAACCCAUCAGAUUCAAGUCAAACCUGUGAAUAUCAAGUUAAAGACAGCUGGUGGUGGGCAACCCAAUCAAACAAAACGAGUCCAAGCCGAGACAGAAGUUGAAGAAAAUGAUCGCAAACGUGUCAAGUUGAAAAUGAGAUCUGCCACUCUAUAUGACUCGGAUGAGACUUUGCAGGAUGAAGACUCGCUUUGA